AUGCCAGUCGUUCCUUCGCUGAAAGAUACCCCGUUCGACACCGACAUUCGCGACCGUCAUUUGAUAUAUGAUUACGCCGCGCAGGACGCCCAAGGCAACCCCGAGAAAUGGCGCUAUGAAAUGUGGUUUUAUAACGAGGACCGCAUCGUCUAUGCCAUCCACGGCGGUCCCAUGGCCGGCCGGAAGAACUUUCAAACGGCCACGUACCAGUGCAUUCGACCGGGCGAGCUCUGGCAGUGCAAUUGGCUUGAGGAGACCGGUACCAUAUGUUCGCUGGUGUACGACAUUCCACGAAAGCGCAUCACCACGUUGCUGGGCUUCUCCAAGGGACAUUGGGAGGAAGCGGAGGCGGCUCACGGCGACAAGCGGAAUGCGAAGGAUCUGGAAAGAUGGAGGGGGUUGGCCGCGAUUGGCAAGCAAACGGAUCGGAAGCUCCUGAGCGAACAAGCAGACAUCCUCGAGGAUUUCCGAGGCCCUGGUGAUUUGGAGCCGAUUGACAUGGAAUGGCCGACAUUAUAG